AUGAUCAGCAAGGUUAUCCUCUGCGGCUUGCUGGCCUAUGCAGCCGGCCAAGCCCUGCCAGGAGAUCUUCCGGCUGCGCCGUACAGCUUCAACCACGACACCACGGAUGAGUUCGGCACCCGCAUUACUCACGAAGAGACCAGUGACGAGAACAACCACAAGGUCGGUUCCUACAGCUACACCGAUCCAAAUGGCAUCACCCGCACAGUGCGCUACGUGGCUGACGGCGGUGGAUUCCGCGCCACCGUCGAGACCAACGAGCCGGGAACCAAGACUUCGAACCCUGCCGACGCCCCGUUCCUCUCCAACGCUGUGGAGCCGCCUCCAGCCCCGCCAGCACCCAAGCCCGUGCCAGCCGCCACCGUGGUCGUGAGGCCCGCUCCCAGACCCGUGGUCGUCCACUCCACCCCUGUUUUCCACGCCCAUCCGGUAGUCCACGCCCACCCGGUUGUGCACGCCCUUCAUGCCACGCCGGUUACGCUGCACGCCAUCGCCCACGCGCCGCUGACGUACACCCUGGGCCGUGCCAAGAGAUAA